AUUAUGACGGCUAUCGGCAGAGGAGGCUAGCCGAGCUGAGCUGCAUAGAUGCUCGGACUGCUGGACAAAACUAAAAGCAAGGUAAAGAACUGACAAAGGUUGAUAUUCAAUCAUGGACGGGUUUGCGGGGGACAUUCUGAGCGGGGGCCGGGCCCUGCUCGGCGAGGACAGCUCGGUGAUGGCUCGCAUGCAGAAGAAGUUCUGGAAGACUAAGCAGGUCCUCAUCAAAGCCACGGGCAAGAAGGAGGACGAGUACGUGGUGGCCUCAGACGCUGACCUGGACGCCAAGCUGGAGUUCUUCCGCUCGGUUCAGUUGACAUGCACAGAGCUGCUGAAGGUGAUUGAGAAGUACCAGCACAGGAUCACACGUCUGUCUCAGGAGGAGAACGAGCUCGGCCUGUUCCUGCGUUUCCAGGCGGAAAACGAUCGCACAAAGGCUGGCAACAUGAUGAACGCCACCAGCAAGGCCCUGUGCACCUCCGCCAAGCAGAGGAUGGCACUUUGCCCGCCACUGCACCGCCUGCACCAGGAAGUGGAGACGUUCAGGCGGCGCGCCAUCGCCGACACGCUGCUGACGGUCACUCACAUGGAGAAGGCGCGCACCGAGUACAGAGGGGCUCUGCUCUGGAUGAAGGACGUCUCCCAGGAACUCGACCCAGACACAUAUAAGCAGCUGGAGAAGUUCCGCAAGGUCCAAUCCCAGGUCAGAGGGACGAAGGGCCAGUUUGAGAAGCUGAAGAACGAUGUGUGUCAGAAGGUGGACAUGCUGGGAGCAAGCCGCUGCAACAUGCUUUCACACUCCCUCUGUACCUACCAGACCACUCUGCUGCAGUUCUGGGAGAAGACGGCCCACGCCAUGUCAGGAAUCCGCGAGGCCUUCCAAGGACAUGUACCAUACCAGUUCACCACACUCAAGGACCUGAGAGACCCACUGGAGGAACUAGCAGAGGCACAGCAACAUGUUGAGAAGAAGAAGGAGAAGGCUCCACAGAGCAACACAGACAGUCUGGUGUCCUUGGAUGACGACGAGCCAUCCGGAAGUGCUUCUGGUUCAGUCUCAGCGCACCAACACACUGCCACACCUCCGGCUGCCCUGCCCGCUCUCAGAGGACUGUCCACGGACUCUGAGGACGACCUGAUGCUCAUGGCCGGUGAUGAGCCACAGCCCUCAGCCCCCCCUCACGUCCCUCUGCAGCCCCAGCUCCUGCCUCCUCAUCAGGGGGGGAGGCCCAGUGAGCCCUGGGGCUUUGAGAGCCUCCAGUCACAGCUGCCUGCCUGCGGUGUGGGUCCAUUUUCAAGUGAUCCGUUCCAUUCUGCCGGGACAGAGCUGAGAGCAGAAGAGGAGGAUGGUGAAGGGGGGGACAUGGCUUUCCUAAAAGACCUCCUGAGCCCGGGCCCCGGGGCCAGCGACGAGUUCAGCAGGGAGUGGCAGGACGCCUUCGGGCUCUUUGACCCCCCCACUGUCCCUCUACAGAGCGCAGCAGCAACUGGUGGGCCGGCAGAGAGUAGUGGGCCGACAGAGAGUAGUGGUCCGGCAGCACGUCCUCCCUCGGGCCCCCCCUCCCCCACAGGCUUCCUGCCCUCCCAGCUGCUGGACCACAGCCUGAGCUCCACAGGCUGGUCAACCCCUCCUAUGUUCCAAGCUCCGCCCCUGCAGCCUCCUGGUCACAGCCAAUCAGCUCAGCCGGCUCCAAGUCCAGCAGCCAAUGCCGCUCCAGGUGCAUCUAAAGACAUGUCCGCCUGGUUCAACCUGUUUGCCGACCUGGACCCCCUCUCCAACCCUGACGCUAUCGGACGCUCCCCAGAUGAGCUGCUCAAUGCAUAACGCUGUUUGUGUAUGUGUGUGUGUGUGUGUGCAGCACUGUAUGAAGACUCUUACAGGAUCUGGAUGUCGGCAAGUUUUUUUAAGUCCGUAAGUAAGUAAGAUGCAACACACUAAAUCACACUGGAAAAGGAAACACUGUUGCUUAUUAAACGCUCUCUCUGCAGCUUUGUAAAUGACUCUUAACACACACAUGCAGCCUCUGACUCAUACACACACAGUUUCAGUUAUUGCAGCUUCUGCCAAGCAGAGAAUGUUUGGGUUACAGCUUUAUUUUAGACAGCAGUGUGUGUUUUAUUCAUGUUAGUUUGGGUGUGUCGGUUUGCUGUGUACACACAUCACAGAGGACCCAGGACGUAAACGGAGAUUCACUGCACAUGAUUGUCACGUAUGGAUGAAGAGCGUACAGUGUUUCUAUAUGCAUAUACAUAGCUAACAUUGUGUAUGUAAGAUGGGACCCUGAACCUGUCACUGAGCCUGUAUUUGCACACAAACAACAACAGUUAGAUCUGGGGCUUGUUUCUCCCAGCAACAACAGUGCAUUAUCCAGCUAUUUGUAGACCUAACUCUGUUUUUUUUAUACCACAAUGCUGACUCAUUUCCUUUUCCUUUACCGGUGUGAGUCAACAUGGAAUGAAAGUCCAUUUCUGCCAGUAAAAGAAAUUCAAUUAUAUAUAAUCUUAGCCUGAUGAAAAAUAUCAAAGUAACUUUGGCACAUUUUUUUAAUUAAUUGGUAUCUAGAAAUAAUGACAUCUCUGGAACUUGAACACUCCAUGGGUUAGAUAAAUAAUGUGACGCGUUUUAAUCUCUGUAAGGAAAUGUCAGUUUUCUUUCUUAAGGUCUACAGGCCACACUGAUCUGUAAUAUGUCCUGUCUCUGGAGAGGACUGAUCACCUGGCCUGGAGUCAUAUUACAGACACAAUGGAAACUCACUGUCCACAGCCUCUUUAUGUCACUGUCCACCUUCAUCCCAGAUUCUCCUGGCUCUGAAUGUAGUGUUAAAAAUAGGACGCGAAAGAAAUUAUCUUCAGUCCCAUCUGUUGUUCAAAUUUCACAAUAGCAAUUUCACAAAGGCUGAGGAAAAUGUGUGAAGGAUGAAACAUUUAUUUUUUGUCUCUUGAACGAUGUUUUAAACUAGGACACUGGAAAAACGUAUUUUCUAAUGGGUGGAUUAUUUAAGUCCUAUAAACAUGCAAAUCAAAAUGUAUUUAUUUCCAGAUGAUAUAGAAACUAACUCUAACACUGUAAAGUACUGUUCAUUUUUAACUGUGUGAGAAUUCAAAGAUGCAUUUUGGAAAUGUGUUAUUGUUUUAUGGAAAAAGGGAGUGGAGAACUGUUACCAUGUCAUGAAAUGGAUUUCUUACACACCUGUUUUGGAUUUGAUUCCCACUGGGUUUUUUUUUGUUGAAGGGAAAAACGACUAAUACUGACAUUUUUGAAUGUUUACGAAAUGCUAAAAGGAACUGUUGCAAAUGUAGAGUGGAGUCUGUAAGAUUUAUUUAAUGUUUCAUGAGUUGUUGAGAUGUGAAUAUCAUGCCCACAUGCAUCGACUUAAACCAAAUCCAAAGUUACGGCUUUGUGUGCCUCAGCAGAGGUAAUCAGAUGGAAAUGCAUCAUGGGAAAAAAAAACACAUUUUAUACAAGCUGUAUAUUAUUAUCUCUGCUCUUCUUUUUCUUUUAAAUGUGACACAUGAAGGGAAACUACUGUAUUGUUUUGUCACAUAAUGUAUUAUACUGUAUACUGCUAGAUUUACACACUUGAUUGUGAUUUACACAAAAAGAAUGUAUUUCUCAAGUCAACACAAAUGCUUUAUUUAAUUCAACUAUGCCUUUUUAUUUCACUCGAGGGGUUUAACAGAUGAAAACUUGGCAGUUCUGUUUCCAAUAAACUGGACAAGCAAACAAAGAA